CGUCAAGCACAAGGUGGUACGAAUUUGCGAAUCAAAACAAAGAAACCGGCCAAAAACAACGCGUCCUCUAAAAAUCGGGCAUUAAAAAAACGAUCAAAGCCAGUCAACGGGGCCGUGGAACGCGUAACAAAGAAAGUGCAACAGCGUAUAGUGCGAGUGUGCGUGUCGAUAGCGAGAGAAAGAGAGAGAAAAAGCGAAGUGAGAAGAGUCUCAGACGGGUGCAUUUAUUGCAGCGAAGAGUAGGCAGACGCACAAACAAACAAGAUGGCUGCCAUGGUGGUGCAACGAUGCAGCAGCCUCGCCCGGUCGGUUAGCCGGAUCUAUGUCCUGUCAUCCCCGGCCGUUACCACGCAGCUGUGCAAGUAUUCCUCCUCCACGAAGCACCCGUUCCAGGGUAACGGUGAAGGUGGCAGCCCAACGGGCCACCUGACCAUGAACAGCGCCAGCAAGCAGUUGUCAACAGCUGACAUCAAGAAGAUCCCUGACAGCGAGGUGCGAAAAUCCGUCUUUAUCUCGCAAUCGAACGAUGUGUUCACGAACCUGGCACUGGAGGAUUGGAUCUAUCGGAACUUUGACCUGACGCAUCACCACAUCCUGAUGCUGUGGAUCAACAAACCCUCGGUUGUGAUCGGUCGGCAUCAGAAUCCGUUCUCGGAAACGAACGUAUCGGCGCUGGCGCGUAAUGGUAUUGAGCUGGCGAGGCGCAAUAGUGGAGGUGGUGCCGUUUACCACGAUCCUGGCAAUUUGAAUUGCACUUUCUUUAUGCCACGGGCUCGAUACGACCGGAAGUACAACCUGACGCUGCUGACACGAUCCCUGUACCGGGAAUACGGUAUCAAUGCGGAAUUGUCCGCACGGGAUGACAUUGUGUUGCUGGGCAAAAAGAUAUCCGGUACGGCAGCAAAACUAGGCCAACCGAACGCUUAUCACCAUUGCACGCUGCUAGUAAAUUCGAACAAGCUUCACCUUGGCGCGUCCCUAGCUAAAGAUAACGUUGAAAUAACAAGCAAGGCUACCGCAUCCAUCCCAUCGCCAAUUAAGAACCUGGUUGACGUAAACCGAACCGUAAACAUUCAGCAGCUUCUAUCCGCGAUUGGCUACGAGUUCCUGCGCACACCGGCCACCCAGCUGACGGAUGGGGGCCGUGAAUUGCUGAUGAAGCAGCGCGGCUUUCAACUGAUCAACCCUACCGACAAGUGGUUCCCGGGCAUCACGGAGCUGCGCGAAAACUUCGCCUCCUGGGACUGGCGGUUCGGCAAGACUCCGAACUUCUCCGUCCAGAAGGCGAUCCAGCUGAAAUCGGCAGGUGGUGACGUGCACCAGCAGGAGAUGAAGGUGAAAGUUGACGUUGAAAAGGCAUUGAUCAAGGAAAUCAGUCUCAUCCUGCCAAACCACGAGCCGAUACCUGUGGUAUCCGAUAUGGUCGGUCGCGCGUACAAUGAGGAUUGCUUCCACGGCAUUGCUGAAGCGCUGAAGGGCGCAAACACCGAAAGCAUGCAGCAGGUGAUGGGCUUAUGA